AUGGAUAGCCGUGUCAAGGUCUGGAUCAUAGGAUCCAUCGCGGCGGUCUUCAGUGUUGCGAGCAGUGUCCUCAGCGUGGUCUUUGCGUACCAUCUUUCAGAUUAUCUCGUGCUCUCGGCAUUAAGAGUACUGCUUCUCGUUGCUUUCGCCAUCAGCCUUUUGAAUCUGGCCAGCAUCGUCUGUUUCUGCACGUUGUAUGCCAAAAGGCUGAGCAAUCAUUCAUUGGGCUUGAAGGCACGGACCUGGGGUCUGUAUAGCGCAGGUGUUGCUGUUUGCUUCGUCAGUAUCGCCGUGUCUGGCGUCACAGUGGUAUGGCUCACGCUCAAACGGGCCGAGUUGCACAACGAUGUUCUGGGCGUGGCUCCUGUGGCCUUGAUUGCGACAUGGUUUGGGCUUUGGGGAGCAUCCGGGAUCAUGCAAAUAUUACUCUUCUACUUUCUCGGCAUGUGGACUAGAGUUGUUCUGAAAAGUCAAAGGGCAAGCCGACUGGAUAUGGACUUUGGUAUUAGAGCAUCGAUGCAUGAUAUCUCCAGAACGAAUACACACCGUACACACCGUUCCUUUGCGUCUCAGGACGUCACACUGAACUCGCCUCCAAGGACCCCGGUCUCACGCGGAGAAUCAUCCACACGACGAUCAUCAUCCACCAGAGUCGGCCCUGCUGGAUCCUCGAGGACUAAGCUCAUGCGACCUUCUGCGAAAUCAUCUCUCGAGAUCAUGCCCUUUCCCGCGGGUGAAGCUGCUUCAAUUGACAGUGCAUUCGACGGCUGGGACACUUCCUCUGUUCAUUACGAGAUGCGCAGUGCAAUCCACUCAUCGCCACCCGUGACCCGUGGAGGUCUCGCAACAAUUCCGGGCAGCCGACCGGAAUCUCCAGCAAAUGCCUUGGAUGGUCCAUAUCUCCCAAGCUCGCCUGUUCAAAGUUCAUCACCACAUGCUGCAACUUCUGACACACCAACUGCUCUGGGAUGGAGCUCGUCACCGCGGCAGCCCAAGUCUUCGCCCCCAUCUAGCCCGCCGCCAAAUUUCUCCCGACCGACAUCAUCCCAUAAUUCCAGCAAACCGCCACCGAAGUUUCAGAAGUUUGAUCCUUCUAUGGAUGAUCUCAUCCACCCUUUGUUCAGACCCAACAGUCCUCAUCCACCACCGAUCGCCACAUCCGGGACUAUGGUGACUGCUUCUCCCAUGGCUGACCAACUCAUCACGCCGAAAACUCUGGCACGGUUGCGAUCCAACUCAGCGAAUGACUCUUUUCCAUGUGUGCCGCAGCCAGACUUGGAGAGAACGGGGACGAUGACUACAGAAGAAUCUGUCCCUGAUAGCCCCACGCUGGGGAGCGACAUGCUCGGAAGUCCAGGGCCAUCAAUCGUGGACGACCUCGAGCUGCCUCCUAUUCUACCAGGAUUUGUCUUAUCAGCAGGCUCAAGAAGCAGUCUGGUGGAAUACGGAAAAAGGAAAAGUACAAAGGAUAGGCCAAAGUCUCACCUUUCGGCAAGUAGCCGCCUGAGCGAGUUGCUUCCUUGA